ACCGACUGGUACUACAAGCGCAGACUGCACACACCUCGCUCCUUCAGCCAAUGGCGGUUAAGGUCAUUGCGAAUUCGUGUUUUAGUCUCUGCAAGAAUCGACCUCGAACAGGACCUAAGCGUAACGGUGCUACAUGCGCUCUUUGGUGUAGAACUGCAUACCCUCACUUGUUGCGGAGCCCCUCAACGCCGCUGCCGUUCCAGCCAGACUAGGGUUAUGUGUUCAUAGAGGACACAACCGACCCAUUUGCGGUCGAUUUUGAAGAGCACUCAGAUUACCUGGAACUUACUUUAUUGUGAAGUUGUUCAAUCUCCAGAUAGUUUCGUCGGGAAUAACUUUAUCCUACGUGGACUGUGUGGGAAAGCAAGCCCAGAAAGUAACAAAAUUUGAACUGAGACUCUUGACAUUAAACCAUGCCGGCUGGGUUUCAGCAGCUUGGAGGAGAGAGAUUUACUGGAACUCUUGUACUGUCAGUGUUCACAGCAGUUCUGGGCUCGCUUCAAUUUGGAUACAAUAUUGGAGUCAUCAAUGCCCCCCAAAAGAUUAUCGAGGCAGAGUAUAACUCAACAUGGACACACCGUUAUUCGGAGCCCAUUCCUGAGGCCACCCUCACCUCGCUCUGGUCUCUCUCAGUGGCCAUCUUCUCUAUCGGAGGCAUGCUCUCAUCCUUCUGUGUGGGCAUCGUCUCAGAAUGGCUCGGCAGGAGGAAAGCAAUGCUCAUCAAUAAUCUUCUGGCAUUCAUUGGUGGAGGCCUGAUGGGAAUGUCUAAAAUCUGCCAAUCAUUUGAAAUGUUGAUUUUAGGACGCUUUACAGUCGGAGCAUACUGUGGGCUGGCAUCAGGGUUGGUGCCCAUGUAUGUAGGAGAGAUAUCACCCACCAACCUGAGAGGAGCCCUCGGGACACUGCACCAACUAGCUAUUGUCACUGGCAUCCUCAUUGCGCAGAUUUUAGGUCUUGAGUCUUUACUGGGCAGUGAAGAGCUGUGGCCUGUGCUAUUGGGUGUUACAGUAAUCCCUACAGUCCUACAGAUGGCGCUGUUACCCUUCUGUCCAGAAAGCCCACGCUUCCUUUAUAUCAUCCGCUGCCAAGAGCAUCACGCCAAGAGUGGCCUAAGGCGACUCACAGGCCGCAUGGAGGUUAGCGAGGACUUGGCCGAAAUGAAGGACGAGAAGAGGAGAAUGGACAUGGAGAAGAAGGUGUCCAUCGUCGAGCUCUUCCGCUCUCCACUUUAUAGGCAGCCGAUCAUGAUAGCCAUCCUACUGCAGCUCUCCCAACAGCUGUCAGGAAUCAACGCUAUUUUCUACUAUUCUACCAGCAUAUUCCAGAAGGCUGGAGUGGAGAGUCCAGUGUACGCCACCAUAGGUGCUGGAGUUGUCAACUGUGCUUUCACUGUGGUCUCGCUCUUUCUGGUGGAGAGGAUGGGUCGUCGGACACUACACAUGCUAGGACUGGCUGGAAUGUGUGCAUGUGCCAUUGUCAUGACAAUUGCUCUCAAUUUACUGGAAACUGUGCCAUGGAUGAGCUACAUAAGCAUGCUGUCCAUCUUUGGCUUCGUAGCGUUCUUUGAGGUGGGGCCGGGACCCAUCCCCUGGUUCUUCGUGGCCGAGCUCUUUUCUCAGGGGCCAAGACCUGCAGCCAUGGCAGUAGCUGGGUGCUCCAACUGGACUGCAAACUUCAUCAUCGGCAUGGGAUUCCAGUAUGUUGCUAGCCUCUGUGGACCAUAUGUAUUCCUCAUCUUUGCUGUACUCCUCUUGUUCUUCUUGCUGUUCACGUUCUUCCGGGUACCUGAGACUCGAGGAAAGACCUUCGACCAGAUUUCUGCUUCCUUCCACCACCAUUCACAGUCCAUGAUGGGAAUGGAUCUGGAUCUGGAUCUAGGAAAGCCCGGUACAGAGCUGGAGUACCUAGGGGCAGAUGGCACAGAACACUGAAGGCCCAGGAGGUGAUGAACAUGAGGACCUAGAGGGGUAGUGGGGUUACAGAUUAGGUGGCCUUGAAAAGAGUUGCCCUUUAAUGAGGCAUAGGGUAUUUCAAAGGGAACUGAAAGCAUAUCAGAAGGAAAUAAAACUGUAAACAUUUGAAGGUGUUACUUGAGGUGGAGCUGGAUACAAAUUUCUGUAAGAGAGUGUAUAGGUGUUUCAGGGAAAGAACUUUGGAGACUUGGAUUCCUGCACUUUAUCUGCACAACUUUUGACAGUGUUGAGAUGAAAAGCCAGUUAUAUUUGUAUAUUUAUACUUAUACUGACAUGCUUAUUGCUAGGGCAAAUCCAAAUUGCACAUUUAGUGAUACUUCAAUCAGUUCAGAGAUUUGCCAAGGAACACUUUUCAGAACAUGGGGAAUUCUUUAUUUUAGCAGAAUUGGUUGCUUUUCAAAUAAAAGGUUUUGUUUAAAUGUACUAACUACAGCUAUUAUUCAGGCAGAUAGAUUGUGAUGGAUGAAUCCUGACAGGUUAAGCUGGAAACAUUUACAGAGUUAGGUCAUUGUCAGUGGAAAUUCCCCCUCAAGGUUUCAUUGGCAGGAAAAUCCAGUUCUUCUGCCCCUUAGCUGUUAAAAUACAUAUUGAUUGUACAAACAUCUUGUCUAGGCAGAGGAAAAACUGCUGAUUCAGUGUGGAAUUCUUUUGACUCACUUGUCCAAUAAACAUGUGUGUUCCUGACAAAACAGACAAUAGACACCAGCCUUCCUAUAAUUGCACAGUAAAUGUAUUUGGUAAUUUUGCAUUACUGAAAGCCAAACCAUUCUGUUGAGUGCCUAAUGUGUAUAGAGUGAUUUCAAUUUUAAAAAGUGAUCAUUUAUUCAGUAGCAUAUAGUGCUUGCUGUCAAUGUAUUUUGUUAAGUCAGUCAACAAGAUGAUACAGCAAGAGACAGUGGACCUUUAAUUGUGCCAUUUAAUGCCAUGUUCUGUAAUAUAUAUGUAAUGCUUGUCUUUAAAAUGGAUGGUAAUAUUAAGAUGAUGCCAUUUGAUAUCACUUAUAAUGUAUACAGUAGACAACCUGACAAUAAAAGAACCAUGUGCACAGGG